GUGGCUGAGUUCCCUGUUCCCUUGUCCCUUCGAUUCUUUCAUCGUUCUUCAGUUCCUCGCUCAGUUUCUGCUUGCCUCCGAAUGACCGUGUAACUAACAGCUUCUGCGUUUUAUUUUUGGCUCUGCCUCCGGGAAGCGAACUACCCGGAUCACUGACGUCAGGAAGCUGCUGAAGAGCCAUCUUUGUUCCAAAGCUGACUGACGGAGCAGUCGGGAGAAUCCUGUUGAAUACCUAAAACUCGAGAAAGAGCAAAACAAAAUGUCAGCCCCAACCCAAGCUGCUGCUCCUGCUGCAGGAGGACCUCCUGGGGCACCUGGAGAUGGAGCACCAGCCCCACCGGUUAACACAACCAGCAACAGAAGGCUGCAGCAAACACAGGCUCAAGUUGAUGAGGUGGUGGAUAUCAUGCGAGUGAACGUGGACAAAGUUCUCGAACGAGAUCAAAAGCUGUCAGAGCUGGAUGAUCGUGCUGAUGCCCUCCAGGCUGGUGCAUCACAAUUUGAAACAAGCGCUGCUAAGCUGAAGAGAAAGUAUUGGUGGAAAAACUGCAAGAUGAUGAUUAUACUUGGAGCAAUAUGUGCAUUCAUUAUCAUCGUUAUCAUAAUUUAUUUCUGCACCUGAGGAGAAAGAAGACUAACUGAAGAUCCAGCUUAACUUUGUUCUUGUCAGCCAUAUCUUCUCCAGUGUCAGAUAUUAUUUAUUAAUCUCUGCUUAUAACCAUGGUUGUUUUUAUUUUGUCUGUAAGUUGCCCUAAUUACUCGAAUAGGUGCAUUGAUUGCUAUCAAAGUCUGAAUAACAAUGUAACCAGCUAUUUACUGCCGAAUAGUUAAGUAGCUUUGUCUUAUACAUUCCAAGGUAAAACUAGCACAAUAUAGAUGGAUUGGCCUUCAGUUGAAUCCUGUUUCCAAAUAUAACUGUGACAUUUUUUCUGACUUGCCAACUUGUCAGGAGGUAACAGUCGAAAUGCCCAAAGCCUUAACAAGCAUCAAAGCAAACCAGAAAAUUUUGCUUAACUUUGGCAAAUCUGAGCAAAUGUGAGAUUUGUUGAGACAUGAAGCAAAUUAAUCAGUAUAUUCCUGAUACUAUAUUUAAGAAUGUAAAAUCAAAAAUAAAAAUCCAGUAGAGAGAGUAUAAUCAUUGAGUACUAAUGAUGAGCAGUCUGUUUGACAUUUGGUGCUGUCUCAGAUCUAUAAAGAUUUAAAGGACUGGCUGGUACUGCCAUUAAUUUUGAAACAUAACCAUGGUAACAAUUCAUUUGAUAAAUUCUGUCUGAACGAUUAUAAUAGAACUAUAAUAACCUUCAUCUUACAAUAAUAACCAUCCAUUUUUAUUUUUGACAUUUGCCUGUGUAUUCAGUGGUCUUAUCAAAUGGAAGCUGCUUUCCUAAUAUGUUCCCAAAUUGUCUGCUGUCAAAAGACCACUUUGAACAUACCAAACAUUUAACAAACUAUUCACUAUCAAGUGAAAUAUUUUAAAGGAAACUGAAAUGAAGAUCUAAUUCUAUAUAUUUGAAGAUAGACUAGAAAUAUAACCUAUGAAACAGUGGGAUGGUGAUAAUGAGAGAAAAACACAUGAAAUUAAUUGUGGCAACUAAUUAUAAUUGAUAUCAAUUUAUUUUGGUCCACUUUUGAUUUGAUACCACUUUUUAAAAAUUUACAUUAAUUUUCGUAUAGAAAGCACAUUUAACAGGUUAGGGUAGGAAUUUGGGAGAGGAUUAUUUUCAAGAUAUCCACACCACCUUAAUCCCUUUGCAAAAUUCCUUCAAUGGGGAAGCAGAGAGAAAGCCAUUUUUUUCACCCUAUUCAUUAUAAUUUUACUGUAAGGGUAUAACCAAUAAUUUAUUAUUCUCCACCACAAAUAGUAAUAUUUUUACCUAACGUGGGAAUGUUAUAUCCAGAUAUAUUCAAAGUGCUGUUGAAACACCCCAGUUUCUGUUGACAACAAUGCUGUUUUGAGGUAGCGAUGAUGUUUCAGUUAGAAAAAUACUACCUUAACCACAUUGGCCAAAACAUUGUCUGCCUGCAAAUAGGAUAAGCACUUUCCUGUUGUACAUUUAUGAUGCAGAACCCCAGCUUGGGCAUUCAAGCCUCCUUUAUUUCUGAUGAGUAUGCACAAAAUGCCCAACAUAAUGUACUUAUACCAAUGGAUCUCCAAAACUAAACUAUAAUGUUAUAUGAUUGUCUUAUCAGAUGACAGAACAGUUAAAUUUUCUGCUAAUCAUGUAGAACAGAGGAUUAAUUGAAGUCUGAUGAUUCAUAAUUACAGUAUGAUUUUGAUCAAACGAUUACACCUCUGGAACUGAGUACCAAUGCAAACAUUUUAAAAUGAAAAAUAUUUUGGUAUUUGGUGUGAAUGGGUUACUAAUCAGCAUCCAACACCUAACUACAUUAAACUCCAUCAAGAAUCUGAUUCUAAGCAGCAAGCAAUGCCUUUGGGAUGUUGUAUCUCUUUGUAUGGAACCUUUUCAAUCAAAGGAGUCAUUCCCUGAUAUUUUCACAUUCUUUUAGGGAGUUCUUUGUUUCAUGGUUCAGUUCUUUAUUGAGGGUCUUUUCCUAGUCAAUUGUGCUAAACUUGUAGAUCCCUUACUGAAAUACUCAUAUGUGAUAGUCUAUUUUUUAAAUAUUGGAUCAUUAAUUGUUUACUCCCUCCCUUAAUUAUUGUAUAUAUGGUGUUUAAGUUCCAAGAUCUUUGACUAACGUGAUUAGUAAUGUGCUAUCCUCUGCAACUGUGGAAGGAGAACUGCAGAAUUCAUACAUACUAUAUGUAUUUGCUAAAUAUGUAGUAAGUCAUUUGCUUGUACAUGGAUUCUGAAAGCUUUGUGUAUCUUCUCAUACAGUACGUGUGAUCUAGUAUUGUUCACAAAUAUAAGAAUGUUGUGGUUUCAUCUCCUCUGCACCCUGACCUGCCAGCCUGCCAACCUGCACCCAUUCCAAUUUAUUUUUAAAUACCUCCUUGUUAUUUCUGGUUCUCCGUAUACCGCCAACAGUUGGGAGGGGAGUUAAUUGUUCAAUCUACUUCUGUUAGUGUGCCUACAGAGUUAGUCACUAGGAUCUGUACAGUUGAAGCCUUUCCAGUUUUUCCUCCAAUUUGAUUUUCAAUUCCUUCUGCUAUGUAAGUACAGAACCUCCACUAUAUACCAUCCCCAUCCCCAUCUCCCUCCAUGCAACAACAUGUUAGAGAUUUGCAACUCACUCAGUGGAAAUUCCAAGUGUAAACUCUCCUGCUAAUUUGUGGUGCAGUCGCUUGUUAUUCCAGUACACUGUGGCACUGUGCCAUCUAGCUUGCAAUGUCAAUAUUCUUUCAACUUGCUAUGGUCGCCUUAAUCGCGUA